AUGCUCCAUUUCUGGCAUGAACAGAUCACCUUCAAGCCUGUGGAAGUACGCGAUGUCAGUCUGCAAGGAAAGACGGCUAUCGUGACCGGUGCAAAUACCGGAGUCGGAUUCCAGACUUGCCGGCAGCUCCUUGACCUGGGACUCAGCAAGCUUGUUCUUGGCGUGCGAAACGAGCAAAAGGGCAGGGACGCCGCCGCCAAGCUGUCUCUGGGCCGGGAUCUUGCCAAGGACGCCAUCGAGGUUUGGCUACUGGACCACUCUUCGUACGAGUCGGUCAUCGCCUUUGCCGAACGAACUAGGAGCCUUGAGCGCUUGGAUUUGAUGAAUCUCAACGUCGGUUUCGCUCCCACAAAGCGCGUCUUUAACGAGAACACGGGCCACGAUGAGGUCAUUCAGGUCAACUACCUAUCAAAUGCAUUACUGGCGAUCCUACUGCUCCCGGUCGCCAAGGAGAAGCGGGCAAACCAAUCACAGCCGAGUCGCAUUACCUUGACGUCCUCCGAGGUCUCGGGUUGGACGAAGUUUAAGGAGAGAACCACACCGGGGCCUUUGCUCGCUACCCUCGACAAGAAAGAGGGCGAAGUGAGCAUGGCGGACCGCAUGUUUGUGUCAAAACUACUCGGCCAGUUCUUUCUCGCCAAGCUCGCAGCCGAGGUUGCACCCUCCGUCGCUAUCAUCAAUGGGGCUUCGCCAGGAGCUUGCCAUGACACCGAAUUUAAUCGUGACUUCGACAAGACGUUUCUAGGCGCAAUCUAUAAGACGUUUCUGAAGCGCGCUGCCAAUUCGUCUGCUAUCGGUGCCCGUAUGAUGACGGAUGCCAUUGUGCACCAUGGCGAGGAAACCCAUGGACAAUUCCUCUCAUUUCAAAAAAUCGUGCCAAUGUCCCCCUUCCUCUAUACAGAGGAAGGGAAGAAAAUCUCGGAGCAGCUGUGGAAGGAGACGAUGGCUGAGCUCUCCUUUGCCAGGGUUGAGGAUAUUCUGAAGACGCUGAAAGAGUGA